CCUCAAAACCUCUGAGGCAUCCUCCCUUUGAUCACAUUGGUCAAACACACAUGGAAACCUCCUCCUAAACUGCAGCCAGAAAUUAACGCCUCCCUGCAAUAAGACUCAACUCCAAAAGAAACUCCUUGCCUUACAGAGAUCUGCAAGCUACUGGCAAUGUUGAGCAGCCGCAUGGCACUACGUCGGCUACAGAGGAUUGCUGUUGCUCCUUUGAGUUUCACCAGUGGUGCAACAACUAAAGUACUGAGGGACAUGUCAACCCUUCCACGGGUUUAUGUUACUAGGCAGAUCCCACCUGAAGGCCUGAAGAUCCUCCAGGAUUCUGGACAGGUGCAGUUUGAACUGUGGGACUCAGAUGACGUCCCUGUGCCGAGGAAAGAGCUGCUUCAGAAAGUGAAAGGUGUGGAUGGUCUCCUCUGCGUGCUGACUGAAAAGAUCGAUGCAGAAUUGUUGGAUGCUGCAGGUUCAAACCUGAAGGUCAUUAGUACUAUGUCAGUGGGGUUUGAUCAUCUAUCUUUGGAGGAGCUGAAGAAAAGAGGAAUCCGUGUAGGUUACACCCCUGAGGUCCUGACAGAUGCAGUUGCAGAGUUAACGGUAGCUCUGCUGCUUGCAACAUCCAGGAGACUCAUAGAGGCAACUCAUGAAGCUAAGACCGGCGGCUGGGGCACAUGGAGAACUCUGUGGCUGUGUGGAUACGAGCUGGCCAACAGCACUGUGGGAAUUCUUGGUCUUGGAAGAAUAGGCGUGGCUAUUGCAGAGCGGCUGGCGCCUUUCAAAGUGAAUAAGUUCAUCUACGCAGAUGUGGGUCCGAGACCUGAGUUGGCCAAGGCCAUCAAUGCUGAAUAUGUCACACUGGAUGAGCUGGCAAAGCAGUCAGAUUUCCUGUUGGUAUGCUGUGCUCUAACACCGGAGACCAAAGAGAUCUGCAACAAGAACCUUUUCUCAAAAAUGAAAAAUACCUCCAUCUUCAUCAACACCAGCAGAGGAGGGGUUGUAAAUCAAGAGGACUUGUAUGAAGCUCUGUCCACUGGGCAGAUAGCUGGAGCUGGAUUAGACGUCACUGUCCCUGAGCCCCUGCCCACCAGCCACCCACUCUUUACUCUCAAAAACUGCGUGAUUCUUCCACACAUUGCAAGUGCGUCCUACAGCACCCGUAACGCCAUGUCUGCCCUGGCAGCGAACAACCUGCUGCUUGGCCUGCGGAGGCAGCCAAUGAUCAAAGAGCUGAAGCUGUGAGGACAGACUUGCUCCACAGGAUCUCAGUUUUGGAGAACUUCAAUUUUUCCAUUGAAAUAUUUCCUCUGUUUUAAACUCAGUUUGUUUUAUUGUAUUCUUCUCUUUUGUGUAAGAAAUAUUUAACUCAAAUGUCAUAAAUCAUGAAACAACACAACCCAGAGUAUGGCUUCCCAUUCGACUACGCAAUUGUCCGCAUAAAUGCACUGGAUCUUUGUUUAUUUACAUCAACUUGGAUCCGUUCUCCUUUAGCUCUCCCAAAGUGGGGAUCGGGACCCCACUUAGGGUUGUGAAUCAAUACGUCUGGAGCCAAAGAGAUCGUGUAACAAAACGCCUUGCAAAGAAUUGUAAACAUAAAUUUCCAGUUUUGUGCAAAGCUAAAAAAAAAACAAGCAGGUUUAAAAUCUUGAUAUUAGAGGGUAUAAAUGCCAGAAAAGCAGUGAAAUGAGUGUGGAUUUAUCUUUCAGUAUCUACAAAAUACAAAUAAUUGCUAAAAUUAGACAAAUACAAAUACUGUGAUGUGAUUAAGAAAGUGGAUGUUUAAACAAAUAAAUAUAAAAAGUCUGUUUCAGAAAUUCAUUGUUUAUUUUUUGAAUCCAAAUGAGACUUUUUCAGGUUUGCUCAGAAUUUCUGGAAUUAGUUCACAUCUGUUGAGUUUAACUGUAGAAUAUUAAAUAAGAAUUUCACAAAGAAAGGCCCAACAGAGCUCCAUUGUUUUAUUCAGUCUGUACAACAAAUCAACAUAUUUUACAACUUUCUCACACCAGAGACAAUGAUUUUAACCACAGCAUUUAAAAUCAUUUAAAAAUAAUUGCUUUCACAUUUAGGAAAACAAACAAUUACUCAGCUUUUAAAGCUGGAGAGCGUAAGGCAUUUACUAUUUAAAUUUGCAAUAUUAAAACUAGAGGAAAUACGGUAAGUGCUUUAUUUUGAAAGCUUAUAAACCAUUAAUUCAACUGCUAGGACAAAAAACCCCACACCAGUAGGAUUAAUAACUAGUGAAAGUAGUUUAGAAGAUCUUCACUUCAUCACCUCUUUAUUUCUUACAAGAACACAUUUUUUUCCCAAGAAUGUGACUGAGUUACAUCAUACAUUUAACCAUCACUUGCCACUUAAAACUCACACACCAAACAGCAACGUCACCACUGGAUUAUAUCUCAGGAACAUUUAAUCUGACAAUUUGUGUUAAUUUCAUUUUUUAAAACAAGGUUUAUCUUCUGUAACAAGGUGCCAAUAUGUCUCAUGAAAUUAAAUAAAAAUGUUUAACUAUACAAGCUGACAGUGUAACAACUUUAUGAUAAGAUGCCGACCAACUUAAAGUCAAUGACCAAUAUCACAAUAUAUCCAGUGAUUAAGAAUAUAGACAGACAGACAGACAGACAUGUUCGUUUUUGUUUUUUUAAUUCACUAAAACAGAACUGUACAAUAAACAGUCUAGUCCAAUGACAUUACUCUUAUUUAAAACCAACAGAAGAAGCCAAACUGAUAUAAAUCAAUCUAUGAUAGUCAGAGUUUUUCUCAGGAAGUUUGUUUCUUUUAAAUUGUUAAUGUAAAUAACAGAAAAUAUAAAAUAUUAGAUCUAAGCAAGUUGGAUGUAAAUGUAUUUUAAAAGAAAUCUAAUGAAGAAAUAUACUUGUCUCAAAAAUAUUAACUGUGAAAUAGUACUUCACUAAUUUAACUUUUGUGGAUGAGUUGACAACCUGUAUAAUUGCCUGCCUGCUGGAAAAUCCCCAGGCCCCAAAAAACAACGUAAUGCUGAACAUUUGGGUAAGAUGCCUAGCAUAAACGUAGUGAUGGAGCAGUUUCCUGUUAAUGAGGUAAACUGAGGCUUUAAACAGUGGCAAUGUAUCCACAAAUCCUUUUUAUAGUUUCUAUGAUGCAAACUCAGAAAGAAAGUGUUGAAGUGAGCAGAGUUUUCUCUGGCUGCUGCUGAGUACUGCUGAUCAGCUGGCUGAAAAGAGAUAGCAACACUUUGUCCUGGCCAACGCAGAAAACAUAACCAGCUGUUAUUAAACAAUCUAAAUAACUCCAGUUAUUACAU